AUGCCCCCCAAAAAGGGAGGUGAUGGAAUUAAACCAUCUCCAAUCAUUGGAAGACUUGCAACUUCACUGAAAAUUGGUAUUGUUGGAUUGCCAAAUGUUGGGACAUCCACCUUCUUCAAUGUAUUAACCAAUAGUCAGGCUUCAGCAGAAAACUUCCCAUUCUGCACUAGUGAUCCUAACGAGAGCAGACUACCUGUGCCAGAAGAAAGGUUUGACUUUCUUUGCCAGUACCACAAACCAGCAAGCAAAAUUCCUGCCUUUCUAAAUGCAGUGGACGUUGCUGGCCUUGUGAAAGGAGCUCACAAUGGGUAGGGGCUGGGGAAUGCUUUUUUAUCUCAUAUUAUUGCCUGUAAUGGAAUCUUUCAUCUAACACACGUUUUUGAAGAUGAUGGUAUGACGCACGUUGAAGGAAGUGUAGAUCCUAUUCGUGAUAUAGAAAUAAUACAUGAAGAGCUUCAGCUUAAAGAUGAGGAAAUGAUUGGACCCGUUAUAGAUAAACUAGAAAAGGUGGCUGUGAGAGGAGGAGAUGAAAAACUAAAACCUGAAUAUGACAUAAUGUGCAAAGUCAAAUCCUGGGUUAUAGAUCAAAAGAAACCUGUUCGCUUCUUUCAUGACUGGAAUGACAAAGAGAUUGAAGUCUUGAAUAAACACUUAUUUCUGACUUCAAAACCAAUGGUCUACUUGGUUAAUCUUUCUGAGAAAGACUACAUGAGAAAGAAAAACAAAUGUGGGGCCUUGGAACUCAAGUUGCAAGAAUUGAGUGCCAAGGAGAGACAGAAGUAUCUGGAAGUGAGCAUGACACAAAGCGCUUUGCCAAAGAUCAUUAAGGCUGGGUUUGCAGCACUCCAACUAGAAUACUUUUUCACUGCAGGCCCAGAUGAAGUGCAUGCAUGGACCAUCAGAAAAGGGACAAAGUUUCCUCAGGCUGCAGGAGAGGUUCACCCAGAUUUUGAAAAGGGAUUCAUUAUGCCUGAAGUAAUGAAAUAUGAAGAUUUUAAAGAGGAAAGUUCUGAAAAUGCAGUUAAGGCUGCUGGAAAGUACAGACAACAAGGCAGAUAUUAUAUCGUUGAGGAUGGAGAUAUUAUCUUCUUCAAAUUUAAUACACCUCAACAACCAAAAAAAAAACUAUAUUUUUGUCAUUGCUCAGAUAAACAUACAAUUCCCAAAAGGGCUGUGGUUGAAGCUGUGCUAGCAAAGCGGGCCUCCAGUACUGACAGCGACCCCCAGAACUCACCCUCUUCUCAGAAACCAUCUUGGUGCCAAGCAGCAGCUGCUGGGGAGUGA